AUGGCUUCUGCUAAUUCUUCUAAUCCCUUCUUCUUUGCUUUUAUUUCUCUGGUUUGCUUCUUCUUCUUCUUCGUUGAGAACAAACCCUUUGUUUCUGCAAUAACAAGGAAAGAGUACAGUGAGCUUCAGCAUACUCAUCAUCACAUUCCUCUCAGCUCUCUCUUCCCUUCUUCCUCCUGCAGCUCUCUUCCUCCAGGUAGAAGCAGAAAGGGAUCGUUAGAAGUGGUACACAAGCACGGGCCAUGCUCCAAACUGAUGAAGCAACACACGUCCUCGUCAGUGAAAGCUCCAUUAACAGUCCCACACAGUGAAAUACUGGGGCAGGACAAAGCGAGGGUGAGAGCAAUCCAGUCCAAGCUGUGGGAAGGGCAGAGUGAAGCAAGAGAAGGAGAUGGGAGGUCGGCGACGUCAGAGGUGUCGGGCCAGGUGGCGGCUCCGGCUGAGGCUCCGCUUCCGGCAAGGUCAGGGAAGAUUCUAGGGUCGGGGGACUACUUCGUGAGGGUAGGGUUGGGAACGCCGGCGAGGGAGUUGUCGCUGAUAUUUGACACCGGAAGUGACCUCACUUGGACUCAGUGUCUCCCAUGCGAUGGCUCCUGCUAUACUCAGAAUGAUACUAUCUUCGAUCCUUCGCACUCAUCUUCCUAUUCUAACAUCCCUUGCUCUUCUUCCCAAUGUUCUCAGCUUUCCUCUGCCACAGGAAUUGAGCAGAAAUGUUCAGCAGACGGUUGCCUUUACCAUACUAAAUACGCUGACGGGUCCUCCUCCACCGGAAACUUGGCUAACGAAACACUAACAAUUACUCAGACCCACGUCGUAGACAACUUCCUCUUCGGCUGCGGCCAUGAUAACAAGGGUCUAUUCAACGGCACCGCCGGCCUCCUCGGCCUCGGCCGCAACCCCAUCUCCUUUGUCCAACAAACUUCAGACAUGUUCCACAGAAUCUUCUCCUAUUGCAUCCCUUCCACCGCCAGCGAAGUUGGCUACCUCACCUUCGGCGGCGUACCCGCCUCCGACAACAUCAUUUACACGCCGUUUUCUUCCAUCCCGCAGAGCUCCUCCGUCUACGCACUCGACCUCACCGGGAUCUCCCUCGCCGGCGCCAGUCUAUCGAUCCCCUCCUCGGUGUUCUCCUCUUUCCGCGUGUUAAUCGACUCCGGUACCGUCCUCACGUGGCUACCUCAGGCGGCGUACGGCCCCCUGAGAGACGCGUUCCGGAACGCGAUGUCGAAGUACCCGAUGGCAGGUUCGUUUGCAGAGUUGGACACGUGUUACGAUUUGAGCGGGUACGAAACUGUUGUCAUUCCGAAGGUGACAUUGUCGUUUGGAGGGGGAGUGAAUGUGAAUCUGGACGCCAGUGGGGUUGUGUAUGUGGUGAGUGAAACGCAGGUGUGUUUGGCGUUUGCUACGAAUGAACACUUGGUGGAUAUUGCUAUUCUUGGAAAUGUUCAACAGAAAACAAUCGAGGUUGUGUACGAUGUUGGUGGUGGUAGGAUUGGGUUCAGAUCUGCUAGCUGCGGUGGAAAUAGCAGGUUCUCUACCGGUUCUGCAAAUCUCAACAACUCUACCGGUUCUGCAAAUCUCAACCAUCCAAAUUUAAUUUGGAUGAUAGCUGCCAUUCUGUCCCUUAACUCACAAAUCACAACCUUGCGUUUGAGCACUUCUCAAUCGCCGCAGAUUAAUUACAAUGAUUACGACUAA